AUGGGAAAACCCGACGCAGCAGUCAAUAUUCUCACCAUUUCAUCGGCUCCCUGGCCCCUCUUCAACCGCGAUAACUUGGAAGCUACAGCCGAGUUCCUAGGCUAUGAAAAUUAUCAUAGCCCUUCGAUUUUUCACUCGAUCCAAAUCGAUCCAACGCUGCACACACAGUUCUGUGAGAAUGACAUAGACGAGUUCGACGAGAGUCAGUUAUUGGACCAAUGCACCCAGAUUGUGCUUGAGCUUCAACCUGAUAAGCGCGACCAACUGCAGGAGAACAACGAAGCGCUGAGCACUGAGUAUGUCAACGAAAAAGCUGACGAUUUUAUCAGCAUUGCGUGUUUCAUGCCGCAAGACAUUUUCAAAGACUUUGUCCGUGGAUUCAACCGUUCCCAGGCGAGAAAGGUGGACUUUGGCGAGGUUACAGAUGACAUGGACGUUAAGGUGGUUUUGUCUGCUUUCGAAAUGAAUAGGCAAAAGAAAGAUGUCUUUCUUCGCAUCGAUCCAGCAAUUACGCUGUUACCUCCCAUGAGGAAUCUUGCUGCUAGCUUGAUCCUACGCCGAAGAACCCAUCAUAUCUUCGAUCCAGAGUCUAGUCACAUGGUCCGUACCUUGACCCUCAUGUCGCAAUUCGAGCUGCAACAAGCAAAGCAGAUGUGCUCAAUUCGUGGCUCAAUCGGGGAUGAAACAGUGCUCGCCCCGUCAUAUCUUCUCUGUCCCGAGUGGGCAGCGCAUUUCAAGGAAACCCCGAAGCCUAAUGCUUUCAACCGAGACAUCAUGUCGUUUCUUUUCCGUCUCGUGGCCACGUUCCCGAAGCGAUGCCUCCAAGACAUGCCAGUCUUGCUACCUCACGACUGGCGUAUGGUCAAUGAAUACCUUAGGCGACUAAUUGCCAUGGGCUGCAUUCAUCAACCAAUGAGUGGCCGUGAGGAACUGAAGAUCAACAAGGGUAGAGGAUACAAUAUGCGAAAACUCAUGCAUAUUGAGAAUGAUUUCCAUUCACUCUUCUUACUUGGUGGUAUCGAAACUGAUAUGCCCUCGGCUCUCAAGCGAGUUUUCAUCCGUCUCAGUGUUAUAGUGAGCGGAGACAACUACAAGUUCAAAUAUAUGAACGAGGCUCCAGAGACCGAUCCUGUGACCAAACGAGGCCUCAAACUCGAGUGUUCCAUUGGCAUAGGGAAGGAAUUCUGCACCAAUGGUGGAAUCUGGUUGGCGUUGGGUCUUUGGGAAAGCCAUAUGGAGCGAUACAAAGUCGUCUCCAGCCCUGAACGCCAGAAGGUCUUUUUUGGAGACCGAAUUAUACUCUACCAUGAGGAGGCUAAGAGGAUCCAAGAACGAGUCAAUGAGCUUGAGCAACUCCUUGAGCUAGACCCAUUGACUGAGGCUGACGAGGAGGCUCUGUCAAAAGACGACAUAUUGAUAAUCGAGAUUGAAUUGGUCAAAUCAAGGAUCCACAAUCUCGUGUACUUCCGAAAGCCGGCAAAUGAAGACGAUGAUGUGAAGGGAUUAGACUGCACAUCCGGGAAGUGGCUGGAGACUAAUUAUGAUGAUAUAGUAGACUGGACAAGCUACUUUCGUCCAGAGUACGAUGGCUUCUUCGCAAUCUACUUAUGGCUGGAGCAACCAGUGCCUGGCCAAUAUGUAGCCUGCGGCUUGACAGCAGUAUCGACUGAAGCAGCAAUGCAUGUCCUGAAGGAUGUGGCUACGGUUCCAGAUGCCACCGGACAGCCAACUUUGCAACUGUCUUUGUUGUUGUCCACAUACCCCGACAUGAAGUAG